AUGAGAAAAAUAACUCCAAUUAGAAGAGAUGCAAGACUAUUUAUUGCUUUAAGUAUAUGGAGGUGGGUAGUUAUGCUAAAAUCAAUUUACACUAUUGUUUGCACACUGAAUGAGGAAUUUGAAGAUAUUCUGAGUGUUAUAGAUAAUGAUUCAUGUAUAACAAAUUAUAAUAAUGUUGAGUUAGGCAGCGCAAGAAGCAAUUUAAACAAAUCAGAUUACAAUGAUGUGCCGUGUAAUACACAAACAGAAAAUGCAGAGGUUGGUCAAAGUGGUUUUUUAAGAAGUAUUUUAUUAAACAAUGCCUCGGAUAGGAUGCCAAAUUCAAAUGCAUUUGAUUCAAGCAUGGUAGAAGAACACUCUAACAUAGAAGCUAGUGUACAAAAUAAUGGAGAAUUUAAUUAUAUGCACAAUGUUCAAAAUGAGUUUGUAUCUACUAGUGCAUCAAGAGGGUGCUCAUCAGAAACCUCAACUUCCCAUAGACAUAUUCUACAGAAUGAAAAUACAUAUACCCCGCAUAUUAAUCUAUAUUUGCAAAAACUAUUUAAUGCUAUUAAUACUCAUAUGAAUAUAACGCCAUACACUUCUAUGAACACUUCUGCAUCACAGCCAUAUAUCUAUGCUAAUCAAGAGGCGCAAGAAGAUAGCCAGAACCUAAACAACUAUCUGGUAGACACAUCAUUUAUGAAUAGAAAAAGGACGCACACUAUGCUAGAAGAGAACAAUGCUAUUCGGCGCCAUUUAGUAAAGCAUGUAAUUAAAAAUUCAGACGAAUAUAUAUAUUUUACAAAUAUAAUUAAUGCACAUAAAAUAUCCGCAUUAAACAAAAAUAAUCAAGAUGAAGAGCAUAUAGCACCACUGUUUAAUAAUCCGAAAAUAGAACUAGAAGUUAUAUCGAAAUUAACAUUGUACAUAGAAAAUGCGAUUUUAAAGAACCAAAAUAUAUGGAUAGGUCUUUGUGUGAUCAAAAAAGAAAGCAUCCAAAUUAGACUAGAAUUUAUUAUGAAUUAUUUGAAAGAUUUAGAUUUAAGACAUAAAUCCUUUAAUAUGUGCUAUUUUUUCUAUUACUAUAAAAUGUUUCAAGAUUUACAUCAGUAUUUAACUAGAGAAAAAGCAACUUGUUACAACAAGCCCACAGAAUUUCUACCAAACCAUGUGUUAGUGCCAUUAAAGUACAAUGAAAUUACGCUAGGUGACAUAUACAUUAAAAAAGACAUAAACCUUCUUUGGCAUGCUGAAAGCAUAAUGACAUCAUACGUAGACCCUAAAAUACCGAGCUUUUAUAAGAAAAAAAACAAAUCUUUAAAAGCCCGGCGGCUAAAAAGGCAGCUGUUAUUGAUUUUAUCAAUUCCCGAAAUAUAUGAGGACCUGUUAUAUAUGAACUAUAAGGAGAUUGGUCAGCUGCAGGAUAUUAUCGCAAAUAAAUUUUGUGAUAGUAGUAUUUAUCGCACAUAUAACCCGAAAUUCUGUGUUAUAGAAUAUUUAUAUGGGGUUGUUCAUAAUAGUACUGAAAUAAUGAAAUCAUCAUACAAAAAAAUACAAAAGCACAAGUUAUAUGACUUUACUGACAUUGCUUUAUAUCAGUAUGUAUAUAAGAUAUUUAUCGAGUUUUAUAAGUAUUCUUUAUAUCUAUAUCAAAUAAAUACAAACAUUAUGAAAAAUGUAUCCACAGAUAUCCGAAACACUCAAUCUAUGGUGGAGCUAGACAAAAAUUAUCUGGCCAGAAAGCAGUACACAAAAAUUCCAAAAACAAAUAUAACUGAAUAUCAAGGAAAGGGUGUGGUUUCAAUGCAGAUAUUAAUGAAAGUUAUUAAGAAAAUUAAUUAUAACCGCGAAGAUUCAUGUAAAAGACUACUAGAUAAAAUAAAGUGUAGCAAGGUCACGUAUGGGCAUAUAAAAAAAGAGUCUCUAGAAUUAAGCCACGCCUUUCACUAUCACGUGCAAUUGGUAGAUAAUUAUACACAUCGUAUGCACAUUAUACACCUUCCAUUCCUUGUAGAAAAAACGAAUUAUACUACGAAAUACCACCAAAUUCAUACACUUGGGGAAAUAAAAGAGUACAUAAAUAAAACAUUUUCUACUAAAGGAUAUAAAGGGCGCCCACAGAAUAGCAGAGUAUACCCAUUCAAAUAUAGCAGAAUCAACAAAACAUGGUCAAUAGUUGAUAAUUAUGAAAAGGCUUUGGCAAAAAAGACAAAAGUAUCAAGCAAUAAGACUGUUAGUGAUAUGGACAAAACCAUAGAGGAAAUGAACAAUUCUGGAUUUGAUGUUGUAUUCUACUAUAUUAAAGAAAAUAUAAAAAAUACUGAGUUUGUGUUUGCAUAUUUAAAUCCCGUAGGUGCAAAGUUAGUUGACAUGGCAUACAAGGAAAAUGAAGAAGAGGCAAAAAAGCUGUUUAAUGAUUAUGAAUUAAACACGGAUGCCCCUAGAAUACCACUAUUUCUUCCCAAAAUAAUGACAUCUGUGGUACACAAUUCUCCAUAUGUCCUAAAAUCAGAAUUUUAUAGAUUUGCUUCCAUCUCUAAUUAUAAAAACUUGGUUCCUGUUGAGUUUUCUAAUUGGCUGGAGACGAUAGUUGAUAGAAAAGACAUAAGUUCAAGAAUUAUAGAAUUGGUUAAAGUGUAUAGGCGCGAUAUAAACUAUUACAGUGACUUCUACAUAUUAGACACAAAUAGCGCGUAUGAAGACUGUGUGUGCUACAUCAUGAAUAUUGAGCAAAAGAAUAUAUCCAUAGAUAAGAAUUUUUAUUCGCUCUACAAUAUAGAAAUCUCAUGGCACAUGCAAAAACACUAUAACAUAGGAGAAUAUAACAACUAUUAUUUAAAAUUUACACCAAGCUCUAUUAAAAAAACUAGAAGCAGCAAUAUAAAGAAAGAAUACAACAAAAAAGUACUUUUCUUGUUCUUAAACAUGCUACAAAGAAUGCAUGUAUCACGGGAUAUGCUUCGCUACGGAGUUUGUAUAUACACACCAAAUGGCGCUACAAAGAGCAUUAAAGUUCCUAUUUUAUGCCCAAUAAUGAAAUCCCACUUAGAUGGCUUGCUUAGUGAAGAAAAUGAAAUGCAUCAUAUGCUUAGUCCUAUAUUGAAAAAGAAUAUUCAAAAGUUAAAGGAUCAUCAAAAUAUAAACCCAGAUGAGGUUUAUAAUGCUUCUGAAGUAUAUAUAACUGUAAAGAAUGUUAACUAUACAAAGUCUAAACUUGGGCUACACUAUAAUAUCUUGAGUUCUAUCUUUUAACACGCAGGCAUUCUCUGAAAUAUUAUCAAAUAAGUUAACAG